AUGGCGGACGACAACUUUGACAUGGGCGGCCUCAUGGAGGACCCCGAGGACUACUACCCGCCCUCGCCACCGCCGACGCAGCAGCUCUUCACCAUGGGGCAGUCGGGCAGGCCGAUCCGGCUGCAUCUCGUCGGCAGCAGCCCUACGGAGGCGCACCAUCUCUGGAACGGGGCCAAGUUCGUGGCCGACUACUUCGAGGAGGAGCCGGCGCGGGUGCGCGGUCGGACUGUGCUCGAGCUCGGUGCCGCCGCCGGUCUGCCGUCGCUCGUCGCCGGCAUCCUCGGCGCCCGCAAGGUCGUCAUGACCGAUUUCCCGGACCCGGAUCUCGUGGCCAACAUGCAGAAGAACAUUGACGAGUGCGGGGAGACGAUGGAGCCCGAGGGGCACCUGGCACGCACCAUCGACGCCGUCGGCUUCGUCUGGGGUGCCGAUCCGGCUCCGCUCCUUGCGAGGCUCGCGAACCUCGACGACAGCUCGACGAUGGCCGGGUCGACAAGGGGGACGGCCCCGGUCGUCAAGUUUGACGUGCUCAUCCUCGCCGACCUGCUCUUCCGCCACUCGGAGCAUGGGGCGCUCGUGAAGACGAUCCAGGAGGUCAUGGCACCGUCGACGGCGAGCGCCGCCUACGUCUUCUUCACCUCGUAUCGCCCGUGGAAGCAGGAUCUCGACAUGGGCUUCUUCGACGUCGCCCGGAACGCCGGUCUCACCGUCGAGCAGGUCUCGGAAAGGAAGUUGGAGAAGCCGCUCUUUGACGGCGACCCGGGGGACCUCGACGUGCAGAAGACGGUCAAAGGGUUCGUCGUGCGCUGGGCCGAGCCUGGGUCGGCGCCCGCAGCGGCCAGCAGCGAGUAA